AUUUGUCCUGUUGUUGCUUAUUGAUUGAUUUAUUGUACAGGGAAUUAAGUCUUUGUAUUAGGUUCACUUUGAGUUUAGUAACUUUAGAAUUGUGAAUUUCAUGAUUUAUAAAGAAGUGAGUUUCAGAGUGACACUUGUAUUUCUGCAAUCACAUUUCUGUCUUUUAUUCACUGCUAACAUUUAACUUUGCAGUAUCAAGUAACAGUCACUGGUGAGAAUGAAGCCUGUUUGAGUAUUGUACAGUUACAGAGCAUUCAUCCCUUUGAUGAAUAUUAAAAAGCCAUGGAUGAUAACAACAGUGGAAACUUUCUACCACCUAAUCAGCGGCCUAAUUUUCGAACAGAGCCAGAGAUGUAUAUCCAAACACUGUACGUGUUGAUUUUAACGUAUGAAAACAGGCAUAAUCCAGAUCUUUCAUGGAGAUUGAUGGACUUUCUAUUGCUUCGAAUAUUUACGUUUCUGAACUUUCCAAGAAACCGUCCAGAUAUCCGUGAUUUUGCUGAAGCCGGUUUCUAUUACAGCGGAAACGAGGACAUUGUCGUCUGUUUCUCUUGUGGCUUUAAUAGGGGCAACUGGGCUGAAGCAGACAUUCCUAUCGAUAUUCACAGAAGAUAUGCACCUGAAUGCUUAUUCCUUCGUAGUUUAAAUUUAGAGAACAUCAGCAUGUUUGUAUUUCGUCAAACAUGUACUCGGGAUGGACAACAUGGCGUCGGAAUAAAUAGACAUAAUGUACCCGGUCCAUCUCCACUGGUACAUGAUCAAUAUCUCAGAAGGACAUUUCGAGGGCAUGACCAAGUAUUUAAUGUAAUCGAUGAGGGUACAGACAGUCUUCCUAUGGCUAAUUUACCAGCUACACGCGAACAAAGAUUUAUUCAAGUGAUACAAGCAUAUUCCACUGAAUCAGAUUUAAGUUUAGUCCGUUCUGAGAGUUGGAGUUAUAUUUUUAGGUAUCAAAUGGCGGUUCAAAUGCGGUCCUAUGAUUCAAAUCUCUCUUCUCGGUCGGAGGCAGGCAAUAUAAUAAACGUAAAUAUACUUGAUGAACAUCCAUUUAACGGGCAGUCAUUAAGAAAUGUAGAAAGUUCAUAUAUCGGACAUACUAGUGAAAGAGUAUCAGCACAUCAUGUUGGAAUAAUGGAUUUCUCAGAUAACAGAUACCAACGUGAGGAAGAAGUAGAACAUAAUUUUUACAUCGGUAGGACAGGACAACCUUUGAACUCUCAAAUCACAUUUAGUUUAGAAAAUGGUGCACGACAAACAUUUACAAAUGAGACCGAACUGAAAACGAUAUACCAGUCUGAAAUUAACGACACUUUUGAAAAUACAUGUGGUCGCAAUCAAGUACGCGAGGAAUCAUCUUCACAUAUUACAACACAAGAAAUCAUUAACAGAUCAAUUGAAGAGCCUUGUAGCAACUUAGUAAAUUCGGAUUGUAUUUCUGGGGAACAAACAGUUUUUGAAGUAUCUCAGAUACAUAUGGCUGGAAACAAUGUAAUGACGGAUGAUUACUCCAGUUUGUGUGUAGAAGUAUCAAACGAGUUGUCAUCAUUUUCUGGAGACUACUCUGAUUAUAAUAGUUCCAAUAUGGACUCAUUUGAUAGUAUACCAAACCAAGAUAGGAAUAUAAUGCAUUCCGAAACAAAUAACAAAUACCAAGAUGAUUUUCUAGAGGAAAUGCCAGAGAAUACAAAUAAAAAAUGUGACAGUGCAAAAUAUCGAGCAGACGAAAAGCGAAAGGUACAAGAAAAUGUGUCCAGCAAUGGCAAGCUAUCACCGACAGAUGACUGUAUAUCAGAUCGUGGAGAAAAAAUGUCGGAUUAUAGUGGCACAUGUAAUGAGGCAGAAGAGUUAACAAUGUUAAAGACGACUAUAGGAAAAAAUGAUACUGAAAAGUUGGUGAAUAACAAUACCUGUAAUGAACACAAAAAUCAGAAGACAAUCAAACAGAACAGUAUGACAAACAGUCCAGCCGACGAUCACCAAAACAUCCGGUCGCAAACAAAAACGCAAAGUGAUUGUAAUUCCAGUGCAGAAUAUAGACUCACUGGAUGCAUGGCUAAUAACUCAGCGGAACGCUCUGAUUCCAAACGUUUGACGGAGAUGACGGAGAAUACAAAUAUUUUCCAACAUAGCGAAAAAGAAAAUUAUCCAUAUGAUGAAAAGAAUGUUGAAACAGACUCUAGGACACACAUUCCAUAUGAUGAUGGUGCAUGUGUCCAAACUCAGAUUAAUGGUAAUGCCUUGGAUUUAAUUUCAAAAGAAGACAAUGAGAUAGCUGAAAGCAAGACUUACCUUUCAGACGAGCUUUCUAUGCUAGAACCUGUGGAGAGAGAUGUAACAAAGAUUGCAGAGUCAGAGUUAUCUGCGAACAGAAUUCAUGGUAAAUUGGAGAAAGAUGUGAUCACAAAUGAGGCACAAUGUGAAAGAAAUAACUUGGACAGAGACAUGGCAGUUACUGAUUGGCAUAUUUUAUGA